AUGCCUCCUCGCAAGGAAAUUGGAGUUCCAAGCACCGCACCGAGGCGUCGAUCAUCACGCGUCGAUUCCAGGGAGGCCACGACCACACCGGAGCCCGCACAUCCGCCAGGUUUAAAAGCUACGAAGGCACCAGCGUCAGCAACGCCAAAACCACCAAAUAGUUCGACAGUUCGGCACAGACUUCGCAGACGCAGUCCCCGCACACAGGCCACCAUUGAGGAGGAGCUUGCCGGGGAGGUUCAGGAUGCCGCCGCAGGUCAAGAUGUUUCAGAGGAGCGGAAGGCUUCAGCCGUCGAUUCCUUUGACUGGAGCACCCUGACCCGUGAAAAUCAGUUUUGCUAUGGCAACGAGGAAGAGCAUAUCAGCGUUGGAACAGGAUUCCAUUUGCUUGGAACGAAUAAGCAUAUCACCUCACAAUAUCCCUCUCCUUACAACAUGCGUUUCGAGAUACAGAGUGGGAACUCCAAGAUCAACAAGAGUUGGGGUGUGCGGAUAAUCGGCGGAGCAGACGGGAUCAAGAUGAUUCCUUUCGUCAAUAUUGAACGUGUCAUCAUCAUCCUCCCAGAGCCCAAAGCCAAGAGACAAAAGAACCACCGCGUGCUUAUCGUGCCCACCGCCGCCACUGGCUCUUCCCCAUUAAACGGAACCACCGCCGAUGCGAAGAAGGACGAGCAGAAUUCUCUGAUGAUAGGCUUUGAUGAGCUGCCUGUGGAGCUGUUGGAUGAGUUGAAGAAGUGGUCAGAGGGAAAUAGGAUCAAGACGACGAGGAUGAACCUGGGCGGUCUUUCUACAACUAUGCCGGAAACACACCAGCGUCAGGCUUCACGCCGCCGGGUAUGA